GUAUGUAUCAAUUUGUAAAUAAUUAUUACUAUUGUGCAAAUUAAGUUCACGCGUUUUAUAUAAUCGGAAUAUUAUUUUUUUUCUCCCAAAUAUAUUUCUGAUCUCUAUUUUUAAAUAUUGAUUUACUUUGAAUAUUCAAUUUUGACUUUUUUUUUAUCAUUUUUUUCGAAUAACAAUUUAAAAUUGAAAAAGAUUAGGGAUAUGAAUGAGAAAUAUACAAAAAUAAAAAAAUUAUUUCAUGGUUCUUAAUUUUUUCUUUCCUUGAAUGACAAUAAGCAGAUUUUCUUAUUACUCUCAAUAUGCAUAACUCACGUGACUGUAAUUUUCUCAAUCAAACGCAAAGUUGGUUAUAAUAAUACUUGAAAUGAUUUUAAAAUUAAUGCAAAACUAUUUAUUGUACAAUUAAUGAUAUACAAAAAAGAUGUUUAUUUUUCAAUGCAUCUGUAAGUAAUUUUUUUUUAAUUUUAAGAUGUAGAAAAUAAAAUCUUAUGCUGACCCUAGGUGCAAAAAUAUAAAUCUACGAUGCUGUGUUCGCAAUAUGUUAUAUAGUGUGAUGAGUUAUAAAACAGUCACGUUUAGUUGAAUAUUGACAGUAUUUAUUCCCUUUAAAGAUUGCUAUUAUAUAGAAUGUCUUUUAACGAUAUUUUACAACCUUUCCCAAUUGAAAAAUGGUCCUUACUGGCUGAUACUCUAAAAAUCGUUUGGCCCCCUUAUGCACAAUAUUAUUACUUUAUUCAAACUGCAAUGAAGUGGAAAUCAAAAGAUCCAAAUAUACCCAUAUCAAUUUAUUGUCCGGAUGGUGAUCAUAAUUCUGGAAUUUUUGUAGCCGUAUCCUCAUAUACACUUUACUUUAUAAUAACAUUUGCGCAUGAAGGUUUUGAGGAGCUUUUGUAUAAAGCUGUGACUACCACUAAUUUUAUCGACUGGAGUAAAGGUGUUUUCUUUGCAGCAGUCCAUUCUCGAAUAAUUCCAACAGUUUAUUCUAUUAUUGAAUUUUUAAAUCAAAAGUAUGGGAUAGAAAUUAAAUUUCACAAUCCAGGAAAAUGUUUCUUCAAAUCAAAAGAGAAGUGCACUAAUGUACAACUUCAAAUUCCAGAUGACUGUUAUUUAAAGGAGCUUAAUGAAACUCACGUAUCUCUUAUUCAUUCAGUAUGGCCUCAUCGAAAUGAAGAAAAUCCUGAACUAACAACAAGACAAGUGUUGUCAAUGAUAAAAUUCAAUGGAGGAUUAGGAUUAUUUUCAAAAGAAACCAAACAACUUCUUUUAUGGGCUGUUCAAUCUGAAACUGGUGCAAUUAGUCUUGUACAAACAAUUGAGCAUUGCAAACGAAAAGGAUACGGAAAAUUAAUUACAAAUGCAUUUGCAAAACAAUUAUCAUUCAUAGGAAUUGAUUCUUUUGUAUUUAUAGUUGAUGAAAAUAAUAUUUCAAAAUCAAUGUUUAAAUCAUUGGAUUUUGAACUUGUUCAUGAAAAUGACUGGAUACAAAUGACUAAAAUACAAUGAGCAAAAUGACAUCAGUUAAAAGCAAAAACAAAUUUGCAUUCCUAUAUGUAUUUUCUAUUUAAUUUAAAAGAAAUAAAAAGUUGUUGCAUGUU